GCCCGUGCGCCAAGCCAGCGCCAAGCGUAGGAGGAGAGGAGGCGUAGGUGGUGCCCCAUCGCCUGAUGACCUGCAACUAUGGACUUGGAGCCAUCAGCGCCCCCAGAGCCAGAGGUGGAAUACAACUGGUCAGAGAUCACUGAAAACUUCUUUGAUGCAUGCAAAGAUCUGAAGCUGGGGGAGCUGGUGCAUGAUGAGAUGUUCGGCCUGUUCGACGCCAUGUCCGCGAUCGAGAUGAUGGACCCCAAGAUGGACGUGGGCAUGCUGUGCAACUCGGCGCAGCGGCAGGUCCGCAGCUUCCAGCAGGCCGCGGAGGACGGCCUGCUGAAGACGGCCGAGCUAACGUGCCGCGAGCAGCUGGGCGUCAUGGACACGGCGCUGGCCUACUUCAUGUCCUGGUUGGAGGGUCACAGUCUCACCCAGACCGUCUCCACCAACGUCUACCUGCAGGCGCCGCACCUCAUCCAGGACCGCGUCGUCAAAGCCUUCAGCAUCGCCACCAUCCAGGUGGUCAACACUAUCUCCGAGCUGCUCGUUCAGGUAGCUCUGCUGUACGAGGAGGAGGACUUCCAGCCGCAGAGCCUGCCGGACCGAACGGGCGUGACUCCGCUGCGCGCCGUCGGCAUGUUGCGCGAGGCGGAGGAGGACGUGACGCGGGAGGUGCGCGGACGCCGGCGCGGCGCCGACGCCGCCCACAGACAGGAGAUGGAUGAGCUUGUUGCUGUACAAGCACGCCUGAAGUUCUUUCGCUGCCUCUUUCAAGCUGUGUUAGCUUUCUCCAAAAAGGAGAAUCAGGGUCUAGAUGAGGCUUGGAAGGCGUUGACUUCCGCUAAGGAGCUUUUGCCUUUGUUGAAGAAUACGUGCACCUUGGGCGCUAGCUACCACCAAGUAGAAGAAGCUGCCAAAGGCGGCCACCUGGUGACGAUGGGGUUCGAUCCGCUGCUGAACCAGCGCCAGCUGCCGCCGGCCUUCCCGCGCUACCCGCGCCUGCGCGCGCUCCCCCACACCCUGGACGAGCUGGGCGCCCUGAUCGACCGCCUGCUCCGGCUGCGCUCCGUUCUCGACUGCAAGCACCUGCACGCGCUCAUGGACUACAUGCAGGCCUUCAGCGUGACCCGGCCGUGCGUGUUCUCCCGGACGGUGCUGUUUGUGAUCGCCGAGCCGCUGCACGGCCUCUCGAGCCGGCCCGGCCCGGCCGGCUCUCAGACGCUGCUGCAGGCGGCGCGCGUGUUCAUCUCGCCGCCGUCCAUCGCGCCCCGCUCACAGGUCCUCGCCAACGAUAAGGCCAAGGACGCGGUGGACCUGUUCAUGUGCCACUGCCAGGUGGCCUUCUACCAGCUGCUGCAGGUGACCGGCCAUAACCGGGCCCGCCAGCGCCAGAAGCUGGAGAUGGUGCUGGCAGACCUGGCCGGCCUGCAGGAGGAGGCGGAGCGGGUGGACACGCUGCUGGACGGGCUGUGUCGGCAGCUGGAGCCGGCGCGCCACCACCUGGUCUGCUUCACCACCUGGAUCCUGUACCACGUGCUGCGCGUCAUGAUCCAGUACCUGCUCUCCGGCUUCGAGCUAGAGCUGUACAGCGUUCACGAGUACCACUACAUCUACUGGUACCUGUCCGAGUGCCUGUACGGCUGGAUGGUGUCGACGCUGAACCGGGCCGACUCGUUCCUGGCCGAGCACGAGGCGGCCACCGAGCUGGCCGCCCAGCGCGCGCGCAGCAACAAGAAGAGCCGCGCCAAGAAGCGCAAGGGCCGCUACGAGCGCGACGUGGUCAUGACGCAGGCGUUGCAGAACCUGUGCGGCGGUCUGCACAAGACCUGCGUGGGUCUGCAGGAGGAGGGUCGGCUGCAACGGCCGCACGCCGAGUUUGACAACGAGCGCGUGCGGUACGAGCACCGCUUCUCGCCGUUCAACGUGGUGGCGACGCCGCCGCCUGUCCAGUACGGCCAGUACCGGCACAUGGCCAGCAUGCUACCCGACCAGAACCGAGCGGCCGUGGCGUACUCGGACGCCUGCCGGUGCUUUCACCAAGCCAGGAACUUGCUGGAGACGUUGCCGGCCAACGAUUCAGAGGUGUCUACCCUGACGAGGGUAGCAAAGACCAACUACGUGGUGGCGAAGAUCCUAGCUGGUGGCCACGAGCGGGCGCGCUCGCCGCUAUUCGACUUCGCCUCCCACAAGUACUUCCCCGUGAUACGGAUCCAGUGAUGACGUCAGCGUCUAGCCAACCAAAUCUAGCUCUUGUGAUGGUGCCCCGCCCAUGACCUGUGGCAGCUUUAGGAUGGCUCCAGCCCCGAUUGCGUCACAGGGUGGUGCCACAGCGGCGUCACGUGGGGCGUCACUGCCUGCCCGCGGGCACGUGGGGGCGCCGGUCCGCGCCCGCGUCACAGCGACAUCAGUUCGUGCCUGCGUCGCGGGGCGACGUCUGUCUCCCCGCGUGCACCUGGGGGGCGCCAGCCCCGCCUACACUUCAAGAUGCUGCCAAUCCCUGCCUGCAGGCUCAGCAGGCCCAAUCCCUGCCGUCGCUCCCCCCCCCC